AUACGCAUUUAUUUAUAUUCUAUAUAUUUAUAUAUAUUUUCGACGUAGGUUUAGAGUUGGUAUAAUUUUGAAAAAUACGUUUUAUCGAGAUUUUCUAGUUUCUAUAUAAGCCAUAUGGAUGCUUUGUUUGUCUUAAGCGUUUAAAAAAAAAAAGGAACUGAGCUAUGAGCCUCUCUUUUUCCUGACAGAAAGUACACAGAGAAGCAAACUCACCUCCAAAACCAGCUACUGAUAAUGCGUGCUACUGGGAGGCCGCUCAGGCGCAAUAGCGACCUAGUGUUCUGAGGCGGGACUAGAGGCUCGGAGUAAAGACAGUCUUUUCAGCCAAUCAAAGGACAGCGUCGAAGAGCUUCUUCCUGGAGAAGGAGAGCGGAAAUCUGAUUUCGGUGGCGGUGACGAAGGUGGCUACUAGUGUAAACCUAGAGCUGAGGUUCCUGAUCUUCCACAAUGGGUGAACCACAGCAAGUCAGUGCACUUCCACCACCUCCUAUGCAGUACAUUAAGGAAUAUACAGAUGAAAAUAUUCAGGAAGGCCUCGCUCCCAAGCCUCCACCUCCAAUAAAAGAUAGUUAUAUGAUGUUUGGCAACCAGUUCCAAUGUGAUGAUCUUAUCAUUCGCCCUUUGGAAAGUCAGGGCAUUGAACGGCUUCAUCCUAUGCAGUUUGAUCAUAAGAAAGAACUGAGAAAACUCAAUAUGUCUAUCCUUAUUAAUUUCUUAGACCUCUUAGAUAUCUUGAUAAGGAGCCCUGGGAGUAUAAAACGAGAAGAGAAGCUAGAAGAUUUGAAGCUGCUUUUUGUCCACGUGCAUCAUCUUAUAAAUGAAUACCGACCCCACCAAGCAAGAGAGACUUUGAGGGUCAUGAUGGAGGUACAGAAACGUCAACGUCUUGAAACAGCUGAGAGGUUUCAGAAGCACCUGGAACGAGUCAUUGAGAUGAUUCAAAAUUGCUUGGCUUCUUUGCCUGAUGAUUUGCCACAUUCAGAAGCAGGAAUGAGAGUAAAAACUGAACCAAUGGAUGCUGGUGAUGGCAACAGUUAUACUGGACAGAAUGAACAACAGAGAGAAAAUUCUGGUCAUAGGAGAGACCAGAUUAUAGAGAAGGAUGCCGCCUUGUGUGUCCUAAUUGAUGAAAUGAAUGAAAGACCCUGAAGGAUGGUUUUUUUCCUUUUCUUUUGUCCUUUCAGUAAAUAGCAUUAUAUAUUGUUUUUCUUUUGUCCUUUCAGUAAAUAGUAUUAUAUAUUAGUUUAUUUUCUCAUGGACAGUCUGAAAAGAGGUAUAACUAAAAGCCAUGUAAGUGACUUUUAUCUUGACUCCAGCUUUGUCAAUUAUGAAAUGUUACAGGCAGUAAUUUCAGUUAAUAGCAAGUAUAGACAAAUUGAGUACCCCUGCAUUAAGAGUCAUCACCUUAAACAGCAAAAUGUUUGCUGCUAUUGUGUGGGACGUUCCUGUUUUUGGAGUUGCAGUAGAACUUUGAAGAUAUCCUCAGUAAUAGCAAGCUUUCAUUCUGGAAAAGUAGAUUUGUAAUUUGCUUUAAGUAUGAUAAAGGGUUUCAAGCUUUGUAAAUGUGAAAUUAUGAAAUCUUUAGACUUAUUUCACUUAAAAAUUUGCUUAACAUCUCUAAAAGGUAGUGUAACAUGUUAAAAGAGAGGAUGCCGUAGAGUUGAUGUAACAGCAACUUUAUUUUUCCUCAUGACUGCUACAAACCCACUGUCCCAGCGUUUUCUCCCCAUUCUGGAUGGAAUAUUGGGUGGGUUUCAUAACUGUUUUUUUUUCUCCCAGUCACCAGUCCUUUGGUUACUUUUAGUUGCAGACAAUUUUAGUAAAUUAAAAUGUUUAUGUAAUUAACUACACAUUUCCUUUAAAGCUAAGUUCAGACUUGCUUAAGGCUGAAGGCCGUAAUGGGGAAGGGGCUUGGUGGCAGAGACUGCUAGAUGUCCAUUAGAGGUUCUUGCUUCCUUGAGAGAACAUUGCUGAGAUAUGGCUGUACAGCCAGGGACUACAUUUCUGCAACCCUCUUGCAUCUAUGUCAGGCCAUGUGAAUAAGUUCUGGAUAAUGGAAUAUGGUUAUAGGAAUCCCAGCCUGCCCCAUAAAAAUUUCUUGGAUGAUUCUCCAUUCUCUUCUCUCAUCUGCUGGCUGGGUGGCCACACCUAGGAUAACUUUGGAAGCCCUUGAAGAUGGCAAAGGUUCAGUCAAUUUAGGUCUUUGCAUGACUAUGAGGCCCUCCCUUCGUUAAUCACCACCCCUCUCCUCCCAGCUGGUUAGACUUUAUGUGAGCAAGAAGUAAACUUGUUUUGAGCACCGAGAUUUUAUUUCUGCACUUUCUUCUCCCCUAACCGUUUUCUGCCAAGGUCUUGUUGGCAAGUCUGCCUUACAUCUGAGAAACUCUGCCUGCCAUUCUCUUAAUGUAGGCCAGUGGUUCCCAAAGCCUUGGACCAGCAGCAUUAGCAUCACUUGGGGACUUGUUAGAAAUGCAUAUUAUCAGGCCCUACUCGAGACCUACUGAAUCAGAAACUGGAGAUGGGACCCAGCACGCUGUGUUUUAACAGGCCCUCCAGGUAAUUCUCAUGCACACUAAAGAAGCACCUAUGUAGGUAAUGCCUUUUCCCAGAUGCUUGCUUUUGAUUCUUGCCUCAGCCCCUGGUUCCCAGCAUAGCACCCUUCAGAGAUUUGCUCUAUUAAGGUCUCGUUAGUCCUAGUGCUAGCAAAGUCCAGUUUAAAAUAGCUACAGACCAAUUCUGUGUGUCAAACAUUCAUGCAUCUUUUGCCUUCACAAAUUGUGGGAGUACAGGCUGUUCGCAAGUAGACACCCCUUUAUCAGAAAGGCAGCUGUUUGGCCAGUCUCCUGUCUUUUUUUUC